AUGCUUAAAGGUGGGGUCAACCGCUGUUUCACGCUGACCGUGCAGUGUAGCCGGCGUGGGGGUCAGCUGGAGCGGGCUCUAGAUUGGAUUGUGCGCUGGAUUCAGGUUUUGGGAACACAGAUUUUGGAUCAUUUCGCAGAACCUGUCUCGCUGUGGGUCAAAACCAAGUGUGAUGCUGCCCGAGCAGGAGAGGAUGACACACGUCUAAGGACUCUGAGGGAUGGGUUGGGAGAAGCAAUAGCGGAUGAGAAGGUGAUGAUGUGUUUGUCAGAAGAGGAGUUGCGUUUGUAUAAAGAGCAGACUGGAGACACAGCCCAGGAGCGCUACAAUUUAAAGGUGGGGUAA